CCUCUCCCUAACACUUUUUGUUGACUCUCUCUCUCUCUCCAAAUCUCUAAAACAGCGCAAACGCCAACUUAAACAAUGGCAACUAACCCUAACCAUGCCCCCACCGUCAAACCCACGAUGUGUCUCCAGGACAUGGACGAGGUCAAUCAAGUCUUCAACCGCUUCGACGUCAACGGCGACGGCAAGAUCUCGGCAACGGAGCUCUCCGACGUCAUGAAAGCCCUCGGAUCCGACACUUCUGCCGACGAACUCUCUUGCAUGAUGUCCGAGAUCGACACCGACAAGGAUGGCUUCAUCAACCUCCAGGAGUUCGCCAGCUUCUUGAAGACAAGCCAAAACGACGACGUUUGGAUGAAGGAACUCAGGGACGCAUUCGAGCUCUACGACCAGGAUAAAGAUGGGGUGAUCACUGCUGCCGAGUUGCACCAGAUUCUGACCCGGUUAGGUGAGAUAUGCUCUGUUCAGGAUUGUGCCAGAAUGAUCAAGUCUGUGGAUUCUGACGGUGACGGUAACGUCAACUUUGAGGAGUUCCAGAAGAUGAUGACUAACACUAAGGCAUAAUUGUUUAGUGUACGGUUGAGAUGGGUGAGAUUCAUAGUACUAUGGUAUGGGGUAUAUAUAGAAUCGUCGCUUUCUGCUGAAAUACUAUUAGGAUUCUGUUUAAUCAGGGCUUUUAAUUGGGGUGAUCAUGUGGUAACCUCUCAUCUUUGUUUCCUAUCUUAUAUUAUUAGACUAAAUAAAGGUGUGUGGAAAGGGACGGAGCGAAGAUAUUGGGACAAAGUAAAUCCGUUGUAUCACUAAGUCCCCUGCCAGAAUAUGUUUAGAUUGAAAUAAACAAUGUUUCAAAAAUUAUGAGAGUUUCAAAGUCUAAUUUAAAUUCUCUGAGGUUUGUAUUUCAUUAAUAAAUUACACCCAG